AUGCACAGGCCGUUUGCCCUGGCUCCCAGAGACAUUGGCGUCAAGGCUCGAAUUGUGAUGCCAUCGGUUUCGGUGCCGAAGAAGAUCGCUGCCGCCCAAGGUUACGGAGUAGAGAUCACCUUCAGUGGCUACACCCUACACCGAAGAGAGACCGCUGUAUCCGACAUCAUCCACUUGUACCGGAUAGGAUAA